UGUACGCUCGAUUAAACAAUGAUAAAUUUGAAUAUAUUUUGUAUUGUUUUAUAUUUUAUUGUAUUUUUUGUCGUUUUAUUUAAAUUAUUCCUAGAAUUAACAAAAGGAUGUAUGAAAAGUAAUUGUUUAAUGUUGGGGAAAACUGUUUUAAUAACUGGUGGAAAUUCCGGUUUAGGAUAUCAAACUGCAUUAAUUUUAGCUGGAAGAGGUGCGAAAAUAAUUAUAGCAGACAAAAAUGAUUCAACACAAUCUAAAAAUAGAAUAAUCCAAGAAACAAAAAAUCCAAACGUAAAAUCAAAAAUGCUUGAUUUAAGUUCGUUUGAGUCCAUCCGAAUAUUCGCUAAAGAAAUUAUCGAGGAAGAAGACACCUUAGAUGUUCUUAUUAAUAACGCUGGAUUAGGUUAUUCAGGAUUAAAAACCAUUGAUAAUUUGCCAGAACUCAUGCAAGUGAAUCAUUUGGGUUCCUUUUUAUUGACACAUCUUUUAUUGGAUCUUUUAAAGAAAUCAGCUCCUAGUAGAAUUAUUUUUGUAUCCUCUCUAAUGGCUUUUAUAAACAAUCUAACCAUUAAAAAUAUCGAUAAAGUGUUAUCUCCACUUUCUCUCUCAUAUGGAAAUUCAAAACUUUGCAAUAUAAUCACAGCAAAUGUUUUUGCUGAAAAAUUAAAAGGAACCGGUGUUACAUCGAAUUCAGUUCAUCCAGGAUUAGUUAAUACCCCAAUUUUUAGAAAUGCUCAUCAAGAUCUACCCAAAUCCAGCUUAGAUGCUUUUUAUGUUUUUCUUAAAUUAUUUGGGAAAAGUGUUUUUGAAGGUGCACAAACUAAUAUUCAUUGCGCUAUAUCCAAAAGCUUAGAAAAAGUGUCUGGAAAGUUUUUUGUUGAUUGCACACCGUUUUUUUUACCGUUUAAAGCAAAAAAUAAACUAUUUGUUCAAGAGAUUUGGAGAAAAAGUGAGGAAUUGGUGGGCUUAAAAGAUGAGGAGAAGUUAUAAAUUUAAUUAAAUAAAAUUUUUUUACCUAACCUAACAUUUUUUU